CAAUGGACCUAUACAAUCUCUUUACAGAGAUGGUAUUCACCUUUUUUAGAGGUUUUGUAUGUAAUUUGAAAAAUCCACACUUAUCAAACUGGAAUUUUCACAAAAUCAUCAAAUAAAUAUCAUUUGAUCAGUGUUACCAUCUAUCAAAUUCGUGUAUCCAACAGUAUUUCUUCUGGUAUGUACAAAUUCAAUUCCAAUAGUUUAGAAAAAUCAUACCUGACGACGCAUCAUUUACCUCUAGGUAGGUCUUAAACAAUAUAGUAACAAAAUAACAUACCAUCUUGCAAACCGAAACGUCAUUACGCUCACUAAUCCGCACUUUUGUUGGUGCCAUCGUUAAUCCAAAGACGACGAAACGACGAAUCGUUAAACCGAUCAUAAAAACAAUUCGGGCUGGGAAAUUCGGCGAAAUUUAUUACACCCCAUAUGACGUCCAAUUGCACAGCCAUUUUCAGCGGAGUGGAGAUGGUACCCGAGCAGUCAGCAGUGACCAUCGGCGCAAGCAACAACACUGUCCACUUCGCAUUCCACAUUCAAGAUGUCCGUCUUCGACAGCGCCUUCGAUGAGACCGUCACCUCCUGGGUGCUGGUGUACUUCACCGACAGCGAUCCCGGUAAGGAGUUCGAGAUUAUUCCGAGGACACGCAUCAGUGUUCAAGAUAAUGUGGAACUUCGUCCUCGAUUGAGGGUGAAGGUAUUCUACGGGAAAGCCAAACUCGAAGCGUACGUUGUCAGGGAAUCAGGUGAUUAUUAUUACCUCAAGGAGAACUUCAAGUCCCUGGCAAGUCAGUAUACCCAAGACAUGGUCCUCAACAGCAUCUUUGUCUACGACGCCGAAUUCCAACAGAAAUGGGAAUGCUCCCUGGCUGAAAUUGAAGAAGUGCAGGUCCCGGCUGCGAAUGGCACAAUGGUCCUUGAUCCCGCCGUUAUUCUGGAGCAGUACAACACCCUGAAGGUCAGAUUUGAUGAUCUUUACCGCGUUCAGAACGAGAUGCGCUCCACCAUUGUGGUUUUGGUUGAACGCGUGCAGGCUCUCACAGAGAAAUGCGAGAGAAAUGAAAAAAACAAAGAGACAAAAGAUGAUACAAAAGAUAAAACUGAAACAAAAGACAAAGCUGACACAAAAGAUAAAACUGACGAUAAAAAAGAUGACAAAAAGACUGAGAAAACCCCCAAACCAAAAGAAAAAGAAGUUGAAGAAGUCGAGGAAGAAGAAGAUGAUGAUGACAUGGUUUAUAUCGGAGAGAACAGGACCCCAAUCCCCAAGGAUGUGUACCAGACGAUCAACUGGAACAGCUGCUCGGCCGCCACACGUAAAUUGCUCAUGGCGGUGUUCAGCAAGGACAUCCUAGCAACGCACAGCCUCACCGGUAAGCCGAGCCCGGCGUUCCUCAACGCCAAUAAGGAAACCAAGAAGAAGUUGGACGCCACCAAGACUUCUGAUAUUAUUGAUAUCGUCACUCGUCGCUGCCGUGUGCCUGCUACGGCUGUGCGCAAUGCCAUCACCACCAAAUGCGCCGACGAGAACAAGAUGUGCAAGAAGCGCAAGCUGAGACACUCUCAGUAAAUUGGCUGACACCUGGACUGAUACCCUGGACCACU